GCAACAUCCCCCUAGAAGAGCAGGAUGGGGUCUAACAUCUCCAUUUUGGAGUUAGGAAACAGUCUCUGAGAGGAGAGGUGGCCAGCCAGGGCUCGGAGACUUGAGGAAUACAUAGGAGGAGUGACGAGCGCUGAGGUGGGGACAGUGCCUCAUUUCUAUCCAGGUCUGGAAGCAGAUCUCCAGGUCCCUGGGUCAAUCUAAUUGUGGUGCCCACUUAGCAUUCUCCCAACUCAGAGUUGAGGCCUGGAGUUAGAGGCAGUCCCAGGCCUCAAGCAAAUCUCUUGGUAAUUGUAGACAGACUGAGGCAUCCAGCAAUAAUAUGGCACCUUCACAGGCUACAAAAACAUUCACAUAUGUGCACUCACUUUAUCCUCACAACUAUGAGGUAAGUAUUCUUAUACCCAUUCUUCAGAUGAGGAAACUAAGACUUAGAGAGGCUGUGAUUGGCCACCUUAAAUUUGAUAGGUAUUAAUUUAGCAGAGUCUGGAUGAAAACCCAGGUGUGUCUGACUCAAGCUGGGGUUUACUGAUCUCAUGUCCAGAGGGUCACCUAGCCACAGCCAGACCAUAAGAAAUGCAGGGAAGGUAAACCCAGGGAAGCAGGGAGAGUGAAAGAAGGCUUCAUGAAGUGAGACUUUUACCUGGUCUGGGCAAGAAAGAGAGAGGGAGCCAGCCGAAGUCACUCUAAGCAAGUGACAAGCUACAGACUGGGAGAGAGAUGUAUAACCCAUGUAACAAAUGAUUCAAUUCAGCAUAAAGAAAUCCGUAAAUCAAUAAGAACAAGACAAACCACCCAUAAAAAAGUGGGAAAGAGAUGGGAAAAAGCAAUUCACCAGGUAGGAAACCCAUAGGAAAAGGGUAGUCUAACCGCAUGGAGUAGGGACAGGGCUUUUCAAAUUGUGAUCAGGCUGACAGGCAGGUGAGCAGUUAGGAGCCAGCGGUCCAGGAUUGUGAGAGGGAUAGCUGACGGCCGGUUUAGGUCCACUCCCGGGUGCUGAGGGCAUUCAGUCUCAUCACUGACAUGGAGGAAAAAGCACGCCCUGAAAAGCUCCUGAUUUCAACCCCCACCCCCUACCUGAGGGCUAUUUCUCUCUGUACCUCAGGCUCUUUGUCAAAUGGGGAGGAGGAUUUCAGCAGCCUUGGAGCCUUGCCCUCAGAUGCAGGGUGGGGAGAGGCUGGGCAGGAGCAGGGCCCUCCUGCCCUUUCCUGGUCUGGGAGGCAGCCUGGAAAGGGACUGCCCACAGCGCGGGUGUGGCCAGGCAGGGCCUUCAGUCCUCCCUCCUCCAGGCUGCCCUGGUGACAAGGCAGGGAACCUGAGCUGAAUUCUACACAUCAACUCCAGUGACCAGAGACUAGAGCUGGGAGCUAGGAGUUGGAGACAUGAACAAGGUCUUCCCCCAGGGGGACAUCAAUGGCAAUGCUGCUGCUGGGACCAAAGUCCUCCCGGGAGAAGCAGGCUGCACCGCACCCUGCUGCUCCGGCCGAGGGGCCUGCCUCUCAGCCUUCGUGCUGCUCCUGCUGGCAGCUGUCGCGGCCCUCAUCGCCCUGGUCGUCAUCCUUGGAUCCCCACCACGUACACCAGGGGCCCAGGCCUGCGUGACGCUGACGAACAGGACCGGCUUCCUGUGCCAUGACCGGAGGAGCUGCAUCUCGGCCAGCGGGGUCUGUGACGGCGUCCGCACCUGUCCCCACGGCGAGGACGAGGAGGAGGCCUUGUGCCGAGAUGUGCCCCAGAGUCUGCCCGGCUUCCUUGUGGCCCAUUGUGGAAACCCAGCUUCCUGGAUCUACUCAGACCAAAAGUGUGAUGGAACCAACAACUGUGGGGACUGCUCGGAUGAACUGAGCCCAGUGACUGCAUGCCCGCCCUGCGGCCCUGGGUGGUGGCGCUGCCCCUCCACUGUCUUCAAGUAUUGCGACUGUAUCCCGAGGAGCCUCUGCCGGGACCGUGUGCAGCACUGCUCCGACUGGUCUGACGAGUACUCCUGUCCUGGGCCCUGAGUGGCACCAGGCCCGAGCAGGACACUGGUUGAAUGGCACUGGUGGUAAUCCUUCACAUGAGCAUCGAAUCGAAGAACAUGAGGGCAGGAAGGAGCCAUCAAGAUCACCUAGUGCAGUG